AGCACGUACGCACCAAAUUUGUCGGUAGACGGAGCAGGAGUAACACUUUGUAAACAAGUUUUUCUUAAUUUCGUCAGUCAUUAACACUUAUAUAUGACUUGAAAGCACUCCAGGAGCCGAAUAUUCCGUCUUUAAUACCCGAUAAAUGUAUGAGCUUUAAAAGGCAACAGAGGCUUCCAGCUGGCUGUGAGUAAGCUAGCAUGUUAGCUGUUAGCCCGGUGCGUAGCAUGCUAUGGAUCCGUGGAGUAUAGUUGAAGACGAAGUGGCUUUGGAGGGACUGGAUGGGAUAACCAUCCCCACUCUCUGGAUUCGGCUACAAAAUACAGAGCCCAAGUUUCCCCUCAAGCUCGACGACUGCACCAAGGAGCUCAUAUGGAAGUCUCUGGCCAGCAACAGCGACCUGAAGUUCUACCAGCUCCCAAAGGAGAGAGAGGAUGUUGUGCUGUUUGACAGGUUUCAGGACGUUGACGCGGAGAAAAGCAAUGACGUAGCACAGAAGACUUCGGAAACCCGCAAAGACAUCUACCCCGUCCACGCUGUUCCAGAAAACAAAGAUGGGGUUCAAGGCUCGUGCGCCCACUUUAAAGAGAGGACGGACAUCACAAAGCACGUCCGCUCCAAGUCUCUCACACUGUUGGUCAACUUGGAGGAGGCUUUGGAAAGAUACGGGCGAAAGCUUGUCGUAGUGGCGUCUCAGACUUUGCGAUUUCGGGCUCUGAUUGGAAGUGAGAGCGAUCCUGAUUUGGUUCUCACCGAUGACUCUUACUGCGUGUUGGAAAGAGUGGGCCGAGCCCGGUGGCAAGGAGAGCUGCAAAGGGAUCUGCAUGGAGGCUCUUUCAAGGUAGAUGCUCGAAAGUUUCACUACUUGAGGAAGUCUCUCGUCAGACAUCAGCUGGUCACCAUGCAGCCUCACCUCAGACGACUGGAGUCCGGACAACAGCAGCACUCCAUUCUUCUGCUGCUCAAACGCUUCCAUGUAAACAGGAAGACCAUGUAUGAAGUACUGAUGGAGUACAUAUCCAACUGUCUCCAGCAGUCCCCGGGUCAGUUCGCUACGAUGAUGAUGUUCAAAGCACAACUUAAUGUCAACGAAGGUACUUUCAAGCGUGUGUUUAAGUACAUGCGAGCUGCUCGGUUGAUCGAGUUCUGCCAGUAUCCUUUGGAGGACUUGGAUCCCGGCGCUGGACCCUGCACCAACAAAAAUGGCAGUAAAGUGCUGGUGCGCUGUGUGAGGCUGAUAAAGCCUUACACAAAGAAGGGCAUCCCAGAUGAUGAGGAAGAUGACGAUGAAGAUGAAGAAGAUGACGCUGGAGGAAGAACAAGAGCUUUCCCUUCAGAGGGGCGAAUCAUGGAGAGGGACAUCAUGUCGCAGGCCUACCACCUCAUUUUGUCCUCUGGCACGAAGGGAAUCCCCCAGCGCGACAUCGUGUUUAGAAUGAACAUCGGUAAACUGGAAGCUCGAAUGCUCUGCCGAAAGUUGGAGAAGGAUGGUUUGAUUAAGGGCUUCCUGGAGGAUGAGGGUCGGCAGAGGACUACAAAAUUUAUCAGCCAUAAAUUUGUGGGUGUCAGUGAUCAACUCCAACUGUUUGCCAAAGAGCAGGAACGGACGAAGCAGCUCUACUCUUCUGCACCACAAUCGUCAAAUACCGACCCGACCUCCCCUAUAACACCAUUAACCUCAAAGCCAAUCGCAAAAGGAAACACCAAAACUCCUGCAGCCAAGAAGACUAAGAAAGCAGGUGGAGGAGGCACCAAAGCUGCAGAGGAGGCCGAGCAGAUGAAUGAUGAUAGAAAAGGGGAUGCAGGGGGUGAAGGGUUGGACAGAAAGGGAGGUAAAGCUAAAGGAAAGUCAGCAGCCAGAAGAAAGACAGCAGGUGGAAAGGACAGUGUGGCAACACAACAGACACAAACUGACAUUUCCAUCGGGGACCCUACACCGGCUGAAUGUGAAACUCUGCCCUGCAGCGAAUCCGUCAUCAGUGUGACACCCAAGUCGGAGUCCAUUCCUGCAGCAGUCCAAGCGUCAGCGGAGGACGAGAAUCAGUCCAGCCCAACUGAUGCCAGCUCUUUGCUUCAGAGCGAGGAGCUAAAUGCAGCUGAGGAUCCCUCCAACAACAACCCUGUGAUUAUUAAAAGUGUUUGCCAGCCACAGGCCUCCAAGCAAAAAAAAUCCAAGAAGUCUUCGAGGAGUACUCACGAGACGUACCGCCUGCUGAGGAGGAAGAACCUGAUUGUUGAGGCCGUUCGUAACUUCAAAAUCAUCGAGAGUCUUCACCCGCUGCAGAAGAUGAUCAACGAGGAAGAGAAGCAGAGUGGUGUCAGUUCAAAGUGUUGCAAGAAGACUAUUGUACGUCUCAUCCACGGUCUGUCUAGAGAAGGCUUGCUUAAGAUGUACACGACCACCGUCGUACAGGAUGGCAUCAGCAAGAAGGUUGACUUGAUCGUCCAUCCAUCCAUACAACCCAAUGAUGACGCAGUAAAACAAGUGAUUGAGCAGGUCCGGUUUAAAAUCUCCAGCUCUUACACAGCCAUACGUCUGCAACAUGAUGAAGAGAGAGCCAGAGAGCUCCAAAAAGCACCAAAGACCAAGCCUGACCCGGAAUUCAAGCCCACAACAGUUCGAGGUUUGAGUAAGACUUUCGGCUUUCAACCUAAGAUGCAUCGUCUGCGCGUUGUUCACACCUACCUCUGGUACCUGAUCUACGGGCAUCCGCUCCGACACAGCCCCGCCUGUUCUGACUCAAACGGUCAAACACAAACUGACCAGAACAGUUGUGAUCCAGAUGCCAAAGACCCAGAGAGCCAUCUGAAAAAAACAGAAAAUCCAUUAACUGCUGGCAGACAAGCGCAGCCGUCUGACGGUGCUGGCAGCAGCUCUGUGAAACAGCAGGCGAAAGACUCCAGGCUUCAUGACUUAGAUGUGAUCUCAGGUGAUGAAGGGGAGGAGCUCAAGGAUAAAUCAGUUCCCGGUCCGUCUGAGAUGAAAGUGUAUGUUGAUGAAGACUCGUGGAAGAGAUUCGUCCCUCCUGUCCGUCUACACAAAGAGUACACCAGCGGCUGGGCGAUGGUGGGCGACCUCCUCCUCUCUCUGCCUCUCUCCAUCUUUGUUCAGGUCAUACAGGUCAAUUAUCAGGUGGACGGACUGGAGGAAUAUCUCAAUGAUCCUGUGAUGCAACACCAUCUCGUUAGAAUGCUUCCUGCAAGAAUGAAACGACAGCUGCUUUAUAAACGAAAAUACAUCUUCUUGUUUCAUGAGAACCUGCAAAAGUUGGUCUACAUGGGUCUGCUGCAGUUUGGUCCCAUGGAGAAGUUCAAGGACAAAGAUCAGGUGUUUGUGUAUCUGAGACGUAACACCACUAUUAUUGACACCACCAACGCUGAGCCUCACUACUGGCUGGUCACAGAGUCACUCGACAAACCGUUCGAGAGGCGCAAGUACAUACUGAACACUGCUGAGGACGUGGAAAGCUACUGGUUUGACCUGAUGUGUGUCUGCCUCAAUACACCACUGGGGGUAAUCCGUGGCAAGAGAAAUGUCACAGAUGAAGAAUCUGCUCCUCCCUUCGUGCAUGAUCGCAACGUGUUCGUAGGAAUGGCUUACUUGCUCAAGGGCAAUCGUGAAGCCUGUGAUGACGGUUCGAUGCCGGGAGAUGGUAAAGGAGCAGGAGGUCUGGACUCUGAAUUCUUUGCUCAUCUUAAACGCAACUGGUUGUGGACUAAUCACCUGCUUUCUGUUAAAUCAAGCCCAACUGGCUCAGAGGCACAGGAGACCAAAAACAGACUGAAGAGCCUCCUGAGUAAAAAUGUUCUCCGGAUUGCCCUUAAAGCUGGAGGAAGCACUACACCUCGUUACGUGACUGCCAAGCGACCACUGGUGGUAGAAAAUGUUGAGGUGGCCGUAGAACCUGCUUCUAGAAACCAACAGGUGGUCGGAGGAAAGGGCCAGAAAAGAAAGAGAGGCAAAAAGGAUGUUGCCAAGGCCCCGCGAAAGAAAAGGAAAGAGCCCAAGAAACGCACUCCGGCCCACGACGAGGCGGACCACAAGGCUUUGAAAAUGAUGACCAGACAGAGAGUCUACUGGUCUGUUCAGGAAGACUCUCUGAUGAUACUCUGCAGUGUGGUCUCACACUUGUUCAACAGCAAGUUAAAAAGGCCGUUCGUGCCUCACUGCGUGGUAAGAGACCUGCUCCACGCAGAGUUUGAGAUAUCGAUGGAUAAAACUUCACUUGCUGUUGGACGUCGCUCCAGAUACAUCCUCAAAAAUCCUCAGGCACUUCUGAACUACAGGAUCUGUCUGGCUGAGGUGUUCCAGGACAAAACCUUGAUGAGACUGUUGGAAGAGAACAAACCUACCGAUCCUGACAGUCCAGAGGAUUGUGCCAAAGCGUUCUCUGAGUACAUCAGACUGCUCAGACAGAAGUUCAGCUGUGUCCUGAACGCUGAUGAUCUGAUCAUGCCUGACACGAAACAGCAGCUCUUCUCACGGUUUAAGGUUUCUGCAAUAGAUGAUCGGAAAAAGGUCGCAGGCAGAGACACCCUCAGCAGUACAGAAGACAUUCAUGUCAUAGUGUUGCAUAACCUGAUCCAGAGCACUCUGGCCAUGACCAACAGCCAGAUGAAAUCCUCCAGAUCAUUUCAGGCCUUUCGCAUGUACAGUAAGUAUGACCAGGAGCUGCUGUGCAAAGUGUUCAUAGAGUGCAGGAAGAGAGGCCUGGUCAACCGCCGUCGCGUCAAUCAGCCAUUUGGACCGAAGAAGAACCGAGCGUUGCCCAUCCUUCCCAUGUCCUACCAGCUGUCCCAGUCCUACUACAGGUGUUUUUCGUGGCGUUUUCCUCAGUCGCUGUGCACCGAUGCCUUCUGCUUCUUAAGAAGUCUAAUUAACAACGGGGCGGGAGAGGACAGGCCGGUCAUUGAUUUCUACCACGAAACUGAAAACAGGUCCCAGACGGGGGAUGAAAUGCUGGAGAGUACAACAGGAGCGACAAGAAACGAAAACCAAAGUGAAGGAAAAGAGGGUGACAGCUCAGUGAGCGAAGUAGAAGUACGACCAGAGGAGGCAACAAGUGACUCUGCAAAGGAGGGAGAAAACAACCGAAAUACAGCGGAAGGAGAAAAGACUUUAUUGGAGUCAGACGUAAAAAGUGAGAAAACUGAGGUGAUGAGCAAAUCAGACAAACAGACAAACCCUGAAGACUGCGUGACGUCUGGCUCUGGUGAAGCUGUAGAGCAGACAGAUGAUCACCUGCCUGUGGAAGCCCCACCAGGAAUCCCAGCCACCUCCAGCGCAGCAGCUCCAGCUUCAGAGGAUCCUUUGGAUGUGUCGGGCAUGCUGCAGUUCUCUCUGUUCUCUCCGGGUGGCGCCUGUGUGGUCUGUAUCAGCCUGAUGUCGCUGGGCCUGCUCAGCGUGCACCUGUCCAUCCCGAAACAGAUGGUGGUGGUGGACAGCAGCCUGGUGGACAACGUGGUGGUUAAGAGUAUGGCAGCACUCGAAGAAGAAGAUGAUGAGGAUGACGACGGCGAGGACUGUGAGGGGGGCAAAAAGCUGCAAGUGAAAGCCCAUCAGGCAUCACACACUAACUACUUGAUAAUGCGAGGAUACUGCUCUCCUGGCAUAGUCAAAGUACGUAACCUUAACACCAACGAUAACAUCGUGGUGGAGUCGUGUAUAAUAAGGCUGCUGCUGCGCAACACCCCUGCACACCACAUGCUACUUAUGGAGGACUCUCCACCCCUGGACUUGACUAAAUGUGGUCCAUCCCUGCUGCCCUCCAUCCUCACCUACUCCGUCCAUUCACCUUCCUCUUCUCUGCCCAGUGUAGAGGAGUGUAACAGGCGCUUUAUUCAGCAUAGAGGGUACACUCCUCAGGACAUUGAAGCAUGUCAUCAGAUCAGGAGAAGCUUGCAUGAAGCUGGUGAGAGUGGUUUGGACGUACAUGACCUCCAUGAGGCUCAUAUCGACCUGCAGGAGCCACAGUCUGGACGCACCAGGAGCCUGCCGCAGUAUUUGCAGGAGUUACAGGAAGAAGGUCAGGCAGUGAGAGUUGGCAGCCUGGGUGUCCGUUGGGUGCUAACGCAACACGCUGAACCGUGGCUGCUGACUGUAAACAACAAGCAAUGGUCCCGGUCUCACAACACGUCUGACAAAUUCCCCUCACUGCAGAAUCCGUACCGCAGAAGCUUUGUACGCAAGAGAUGCAGCGGAGAAAUCCAUCAGGAUAAAGAGGAACCACCAGCAAAAAGACUGACUGUGGACGGAGACAAGGGCAGUGGCAUAGAGGAGGUGGAUGUAUUACCAACAAGAGAGAAAGUAUGUGAGGAAGAACAGCUGGAACGGCAGAAAAACACAGUAGAUGAGGGAAGUGGAGCCAAACAGCUGAACCUGGAAGAGGAAGGAAGAGAACAGACACGGGCUGAAGAUGAAGGAAAGGAGAAGGUGGAAACUGAGAAAAGACAGGAUGACACAGAGGAGCUGAGGGUCAGAGAGCACAGCGUAGAUGAUGAAAAAGAAGACGAGGCUUCAGCUGCAGGAUCGGCUCAUGACGAUGCAAACGUGAGCUUCGUCGGCCGGCCGUGGCGCAUGGUUGAUGGUAAGCUGAACCGACCCGUUUGUAAGGGCAUGCUGGAGGCCAUUCUUUAUCACGUCAUGUCUCGGCCCGGAAUCACGCAGAAGACACUGGUGGAACAUUACAAAGAUUUGCUGCAGCCAAUGGCAGUGCUGGACCUCAUGCAGGCACUUAUAGACCUGGGCUGUGUCACAAAGAAAACUCUGGUUAAAAGUCCUAAACCCUCACUGUUCAGCCGCCCUGCACGCCAGACGAGAAGCGAACCAAAAGUGAAGACUGAGGAGCCAGACACAGUGUUUUACGAGCCCACCGUCAGCUGCUGCCUGCGGCUCUGUCAGGUGUUACCAAACGAACGACACUGGAACAACUGUAUACCAUGAAAUCAACCAUCAGCCUCACGUGAUCUGCAUUUACCUGGUGUCACGUUGGAUAAUAUAACAACAUUUCUGCAGUUUAAGUCUUACGAGAUGACUAAAAAGUUGUAGCAACAAUCUGGCUGUUGUGAUGCCUGAAUCCAGUCAUUUAAAAAAA